AUGUCAGACCUUUUCAACUCCACCAAUGGCGCCAUGGGAAUCAUAUCUCUAGGACUAACCAUCGCUCAAGGCUUGUUCCGAAUCGCAGACGGCAUCGGCUCCGCAGGACGAGAAGUACGCGGCUACGCACAAGAAAUCAACACCUUCUCCAAACUCCUCAAGUACAUCAAGGCAGAACUCGACAGCUCGGCAGAUGUAUCCAUCAACAUCCAGAGCCUCAUAAACGACGUUGUCGACAUUUGCGAUCGAGUUUUGACGCCCUUCGACCACUUACACAAAUUACUGAGCCCCCUUCUCGACCAGUUCUGCACAUGUCCUAACAAGCUUCGACAGCUAGGACUCAGGCUACAAUGGAUGUUCAAGACAAAAGCCAAGCUGCUCUUCUAUCGCGAGACUCUAAAAGAGCAGCACCGGAUUUUGGAUACGAUAUUAGAAAUAAUCAUCCUGCAGAGGAUGAGAAGAGACUGCAAUCUACAUCAUGUCGGAUAUGUUUUUAUUCGCCGGCACGAGAUUUACAACUACUUGAUGGAGCUAUAUAUACGCCACUUCUUCUUGAAGGAGCAAGAGCCGGGCACAAAAGAAGAGCCUGACGGAGAUGUCGUCGAGCAUGAUACCUGCUUUAGCAAGCCUCGCCAAUACAUUACACGACUCCAGCGAGCAUCUCAGAGGGCAAGGUCGCUCUCAGCGUCAACAGUGGUUUGA